UUUUAGCUGUGCGCGCUCACGUUUAAACGCCUCGCGCCGCGCCCUUCUAACAGCAGUCGCUCGCGAUCCGCCGCUCGUUCCGGCCGCGUAACAGAAGGUCCCAGGAGAAACCUCGGUGCCGAAAUGACGGAGCGCUUUGACUGUUUCUACUGCCGCGAGGACCUGCACGGGAAGAAGUAUGUGAACAAGGACGACAAGCGCGUGUGCGUGCGCUGCUUCGACAAGCUGUGCGCCAACACGUGCGCCGAGUGCCGUCGCCCCAUCGGCACCGACUCCAAGGAGCUGCACCACAAAGGGCGCUACUGGCACUCGGACUGUUUCCGCUGUACCAAGUGCUACAAGCCGCUGGCCAACGAGCCGUUCAGCACUAAGGAUGACAAGAUCAUGUGCGGAAAGUGCAGCGCUCGCGAGGACUCGCCCCGCUGCUAUGGCUGCUACAAGCCCAUCCUGCCUGGCUCCCAGAAUGUGGAGUACAAGAACAACGUAUGGCAUGAGGACUGCUUCACCUGCUACCAGUGCAAGCUGCCCAUCCGCUCCCAGAGCUUCAUGACCAAGGGGGAGGACAUCUACUGCGCUGCUUGCCAUGAAAAGAAGUUUGCAAAAGUCUGUGUCCACUGCAAGCAGGCCAUCACCUCUGGUGGAGUGAGCUAUCAGGAGCAGCCCUGGCACUCCAAGUGCUUUGUGUGCUACAGCUGCCAGAAGCCGUUAGCUGGGAGCAGCUUCACCUCCCACGAGGAGCACGUCUACUGCGUGGAUUGUUACAAGAGCUGCGUGGCCAAGAAGUGCAGGGGCUGCCAGAACCCCAUCACGGGGUUUGGCAAGGGGACCAAUGUGGUGAACUACGAGGGCCAAUCCUGGCAUGACUACUGCUUCAACUGCAAGAAGUGCUCCCUGUCUCUGAGCAACAAGCCCUUUGUGGAGAACAAGGGGGACAUCUUCUGCCCUGACUGCGCCAAGAAGCUGUGAGCGUGUGUGUGUGUGUGUGUGUGUGUGUGUCCCCUCCUUGGGCUUUAUGGGUAUGAAACUGCAGAAAUGCUGGAGCUGAGACCAACCCUUUCCUAAGUGACACCACCACAGAAGCACUGCAGUUUCAGGUUAUAUCAACAUAGGGGUGGUUUAUUCUGGGAUUUAAAAAAAAAAAAAAAA